GAAGUCGCUAGCGACCGCGCUAGCCAGAUUUGUUCUUCGCAUUUUGAAAUUACUAUCGUUUCUGGACAACAAUGUCCGGCGGAGCAAACUUCGGGUUUCCAGGUUCAAGCCAAGCCAGCUUGGGGACAUUUGCGCACCGGAAAAAAGAUAGCAGCCCGUCUGCUAGGUUCUGGGAGAGUCUCGACACUUUAGCACAGCUGGAGCUUGUGCGACAGUGGCUCGGGAAGCAUUACAAAAAGUAUGUGUUGGUGGAUGCCCCAUCUUGCCAGGCUCUUGCUUCACUCGCCUUGCAGCUUCUUCAGUUUCAAGAAGAUGCCUUUGGGAGACAAGCUACUAAUCCUGCACUUACAAAAUUACCGGCGCACUGCUUUAUGGACUUGAGGCCAGGUGGUGGACUCUGUCACAUUCUUGGGACUACUUACAAGUUUAAGGUUGAGCAGGGCUGGCGAAGGUUUGACUUGCAGAAUCCAUCAAGAGCUGAGAGGAAUGUGGAGAUGUUUGGUGAAAUUGAUAAAGCUCUACUCCAGAACAAUUGCAUGUCAAUGCCUGUGGUAUACCUUGACCCUACUGUUGAUCCAGAGCUGUUCAGCAGAUUAAGUGGUAUCAUCAUCAAACACAAGGGUGCCGUCACUGAGGACAGAACAGUUGCCAGUCAUCAUGUCUAUGUCUCACAUGCUUCUCCAGCAGAAGAUGAGUGGAUGCGCCCUGUUAUGCGAAAAGACAAGCAUGUCCUGGUCCAUUGGGGUAUGCACCCUGACAGUUAUGACAGUUGGCUGUCCUCGAGUGAUGUUGAUGGAGAGGUUGAAGAGUUGCCACACACAGAAAGACCAUGGAGGGUUCAUGCUGGUUGGAUUGUAGACACAGACGUCUUCAAUGAGUGGAUGAACGAGGAAGACUAUUGUGUGAAUGAGAGAAACAUGUCGAUUAUCCUCCGCCGACGAAUUCAGCUCCGUGAAGAACAGGACUUAAGAUCUAUACCUGCCAAAAAACGAAGACUCGCACCCUCUCCCUCCACUGAAGGCAGGAAGAAAGGAAAGAAGGGGAGAAGGCAUGGGCAUCAGGAUGAAGAACCAGAAGAGGACCUAACCAAGGACAUGGAGGAUCCUACGCCUGUGCCUAACAUGGAGGAAGUCGUACUGCCCAAGAAUGUGAACCUAAAGAAAGACAGUGAAAAUACUCCAGUAAAAGGAGGGAUCAUGGCUGACCUCGAUGAUCAGGAAGAUGACUUUCCAGGAAGGGAAGAUGACGAGGGUCGAGGAGAGAGCUCACGCCUGUCAGAGGGAGAGGACAGCAUCACAGAGCAAACUCACCACAUUAUAAUACCAAGUUACACAUCGUGGUUCAAUUACAACAGCAUUCACUCAAUAGAGAAACGUGCUUUGCCUGAAUUCUUCACUGGGAAGAACAAAUCAAAAUCUCCAGAGAUCUACCUGGCAUAUCGUAACUUCAUGAUCGACACGUACCGGCUCAACCCGCAGGAAUAUCUCAGCUCAACGUCCUGCAGGCGCAACCUCACAGGCGACGUCUGCGCUCUCAUAAGGGUUCAUUCAUUUUUGGAGCAAUGGGGUUUAAUCAACUACCAAGUGGAUGCAGAGAGUAGACCCCUUCCUAUGGGGCCUCCCCCCACGCCUCAUUUCAAUGUGCUGGCUGACACUCCAUCUGGGCUGGCUCCCUUACAGCACAAACCCCUACAGGUGUCCGCCUCUCAGCACAUGUUGUAUUUCCCAGAGAAAAGCAGAGAGAAACCUUCAGACUGCCAAAACUUUGGUCUGCGCACUGACGUUUACGCCAGGAAACACCCAAAGACAAAAGGAGCAAAUGCAGGACGAGAAUGGACAGAGCAGGAGACACUUUUACUAUUAGAGGCAUUAGAGGUCUACAGAGAUGACUGGAAUAAAGUAUCGGAGCACGUUGGCUCCAGAACACAAGACGAAUGUAUCCUUCACUUCUUGCGUCUGCCGAUAGAAGACCCUUACCUGGAGGACUCGUCAGCCUCUCUGGGGCCGCUGGCGUAUCAGCCUGUGCCUUUCAGCCAUUCAGAAAACCCCGUGAUGAGCACUGUGGCCUUCCUGGCAUCUGUGGUGGAUCCACGAGUGGCAUCAGCUGCAGCUAAGGCCGCACUGGAGGAUUUCUCCAAAGUGCAGGAGGAAUCAUUGGAUAAACUGUCUGAAGCAUCCAACCAGUUAGAAAAAACAGAUGUGAUGGAAGCAGAAAAUCUGGACUCCCAUCAGGUCCCUGUGAGGGUUGAUGGGGUCAAGAUGGAACCAGGCAUUUCAAAAAUGGAGGAAGAUCUGGUUAAAAGAGAACAUGUAGAAAAUAUGCUGGAAGAGGAAAGAGAUGGCGGAGCAGAUGAAGAUGAGAGUAGACAAGAUGGAGAAGGGGAUGAUGGGAGUAGAGUGAUGGAGAUGGAUCUGGUGGAGGCCAGCGUUUCCACAGCAGCAGCAUCCGCUCUGGCCUCUGCUGCCUCAAAGGCAAAGCAUUUAGCAGCAGUAGAAGAGAGGAAGAUUAAAUCCCUGGUGGCCCUGCUAGUGGAGACCCAGAUGAAGAAAUUAGAGAUCAAACUGAGACACUUUGAAGAACUGGAGACCAUCAUGGACCGAGAGAAAGAAGCCUUGGAGCAGCAGCGGCAACAACUGCUUGAAGAGAGGCAAACUUUUCACACCGAGCAGCUGAAGCAGGCAGAGAUGAAGGUCCGCCAGCAGAGGGAGCAGCAGGGGCAGUCGGGUUACACAAUGCAGCAUUCAGGUCAGACCGUGCCCAACAGGAUGAUGCCUGUUGGGGGUAACGCCCAAACAAUAGCCCCCCGACAUCCCGGAGCUCCCAAUGGAAUGUACCCGUCCUCACAGCCCGAUGGGAUGCCAUCUGCUCAGACCGCUCCUCCACCAUCCAGUCACAGCUGAACUCGCAUGGAGAACAAGACGCACACAGAAAAGAAAAAGGUCUGCCUAAAGGACAGUUGUUUCACUCAAGAGUUCAGGAACAACUGCUUAAAGCUGGAUUAACUCUCCAGUCAUCACUUGAACAUGAACACAGUUGAUGUGUUUGGUUAAGAGCUG